UCAUACGAACUGCAAAAAUGAGAAUCCAUAAUAAACCAGCAAACCAAGCCAAGCUUUGACACUCGUAUUAUUUAAUCGUAGAAUCUUGGGACGAUUUGGUUCAGUAUUCUUGUUCCAUAAUAUAGUCGACAGAAAAGAGUCCUGUACGUACACAAGUAAAAAUAUAUCUCAGAAUGUCCCCAAAAAUGAAUUUCAUACAAAUCCUCCCAUUUCUAUCAACAUUUUUUGGACUAUUUUCUUCCUCAUUCUCCAACCUUUUGCAAGUUCCUCCAAUCAUCUGGUAUGAGAGUGGGGUCAAGCUGAUAACCAAUUUUACCCAUGAAACAGUAUCAAUACAGGUUCCAUCGCCUUGCGACAAACUUAAGUAUGGGUUACCAUCAAGAUACAACAGAUGUUCAGAAGAGUUUGAAAAACAUGUUUUAAAGCCACUGGAAGAUUUGUGCAGUCCAAACUUUGCAAAUUUGCACCACGUGUCCAAGCGAUCUCCACAGUAUCCACAACAGCAGCAAUAUUAUCCAAAUAAUAAUUCUCCUAUUCAACAAAACCAACAAAAUUUUCAAAUUCCAAAUCCAAAUUCAAAUCCUAACCAAGACUAUCCCCCUCCAACCCAGCCAAAUCCGCAGAUCAACCAGAACCAAUACCGCAUAAACCAAUUAGACAACGAGAUGCAAGGAAUAAAAAACAAUCUCAGAGCAACUUCCGACCUGGCCCAAAAUACAAAAGGCAGAGUCGAUCAACUCGAAACAAAUUUUCAAAUUAUUGCCAGGAAAAAUCAGAACCUUUCUCUCGAAUUUGAAGAACUUCAACGAAACUAUCAGGACGUCCGGGACACCAGUCAAGCAAAUUACUUUGAACGGAUGACCAACGAAAUCGAGUCGUACAAAGCAGGGGACCGGAUAUUCUCCUUGUUCGGACAAAAAAUUAAUUUCACCAAAGCUCAGGUAGCCGCGUGUCACUUUAACAGGAGGGAGGCCACACUUAUCUUUGACGUUAGCCGAACCAUUGUUGCAGAUGAUAUUAAAAUAUUGCGGGCAAGUGCCUUCACCUUUUAUCAUAAAUUUUCAGGGAAGGAUGAGAAAUUAGGGGUAAAACUAGAGUAUGUCGGUCCUAAAUAUGUCGCUUAUAAUACAACUUCUAACUGUGUGACGCCACACGGGCAUAAUCCAUCCACCGACUUGGUCCUUCUCCCCGAAUUGGGUGAAGCUUGCGCAACACAUGACUUUAACCAUCCCGAUACACUGGCCAAAUAUUGGAGAAAGUCGUGUGAACCAAUGUAUUAUUUGGAUCAGGGGACAAUUCAAGUAAAGAAAUUUGGCGAUAAUUACUACACAUAUUGUGCCGGGCAUGAGGUCAACGCAUACAAAAAAUGGAUUAAUUGUCCCCCGCACGUAUUUUCUAUCCAUGGGAAUGAAACUGUCUCCUUGACCAUUAGGGUUCGACCAAGUGGGGGUGAUGAGCAGAUAAUUCGGUUACAAAACCCAUUCUUGACCACGGCGGUUGUAAAAAAUCAUGCCAAUUUUUCAGAAGAAUUAUCCACCAAAGUGACGCAUAUACUUAUGCCACAGUUAGGAUCCAUUUCUUUUGAUAUGUUCCCACUUUCUGGGUCAUGUCCGAAUUCUAACGAUAUGGAGAAAGCAGAGAAAAGUAGGAUUGAAAUGGCACCCGCAUCAUUUGUGACGGGUGGACGAGAUGAUGGCUCGUCGUCCAAAGUGUCACUUUAUGUUGGAGUAUUGGCACUCUGUUUGACACUGGUGAAUUGUGGCAUCAUAAUAUAUUUUAGAUUGGAGGAAAAAAAGUAUAGACUUCGGGCAGGAAGAAAUAAUGGUUGGGGAACUGAAGAACCUUCGAGACAGCCAAUGAUCAUGGACAUUAUUAAGUAGAGUUUAAUUUCAUAUUAAUACGAUUUUUUGUAAAUACACUGAAAUUUUAAUGAAUUGGAGUGAUUUUAUAUAUUGAAGAAAUAAAUGUUACAAGUUUCACAUCAUAAAAUUUUGCAUUUAAGAAAUAUGUAAGAACGUUAUGCACGAAUUUAGCACAAAUACGAAAUGCUUGUGUAAAACGAAGGUAGACAUGUUCAGAUCAUUUUAUUAUUGACCGGUAAUCAAUUGAUCAGUAUUUCAUUCAAAUUUGCUGUAAACUUAAUUUUUUAUGUCUGAGCAUAAUAAACUGAUCCAGUUGAAAUUGAUUAUAUG